AUGACCAACUCUCUUGAGUCCUCGCGGCCCAUCCUUGCCAGCUCUUCGGGCAACCGCGCCUCAACCCGCCUCUCAACCUACAGCGCCACGCCCACCCUGACCCCCUCAGUCGCGCCCUCGCACCUCUCGACCGCCUCAUCGUGCGACCCCAAAUCCCUCGACAUCAAGACAUGGAACGCCGGUUUCGACCGUCUCGAAGACAAGCGCCUCGUCCAGCAGCGAUACACACUGACAAAUGAGAAGACGGACGAUAUGAAGAAGCUGGCGCUGGGCGCCAAGCUGGACCGCGCACUUGCUAGACGCAUGUCUGGGCAGGACGCUGUGUUUAGGCCCAAGACAUUAGGGGAGAAGAAGGGGUUGAAGGCGUAA